CUCAACAUGCUGGUUCCAAUCGCUCUACUAGUCGGCGUCCUCACCCUUGUCGCUUGGUGGGUGCACCAGACCUUCACCUACUGGAAGCGUCGCGGCAUUCCCCACGAUCCGCCCAAGAUUCCGCUCGGCAACACCAGUGAACUGAUGAAGACCAUGCAGCUGUCCCACAUCCUCAAGCGAACUUACUUCAAGUACAAAAACAAGACCGAUGGACCCUUCGUGGGCUUCUACGUUUUCGCCAAGCGGUUUCUCGUGGUCACCGACAUUGACUUCGUGAAGACUGUGCUGAUCCGGGACUUUGACAAGUUCCACGACCGCGGCAUAUUCCACAACGAGCGGGACGAUCCGCUGACGGCCAACCUGACAACUAUCGAGGGGCAGAAGUGGCGGACUCUGCGCCAGAAGCUGACGCCCACCUUCACGUCUGGCAAGAUGAAGAACAUGUUCCCUACCGUGCUGAACGUGGGCGAUGAGCUCAUCCGAGUGUUUGACGAGAAGAUCUCCUCCAGCUCCCCGCAAACCCUAGAGGUCACCAAUCUUCUGGCCCGCUUCACCGCCGACGUGAUCGGAGUCUGCGCCUUUGGCCUGGAAUGCAACAGUCUGCGGGAUCCCAAUGCUGAAUUCGUCAGAAUGGGAGAGUCGGCGAUCAACGAGCGUCGUUAUGGCAGGCUCGUGGAUUUGCUCCUCUUCGGAGCACCCAAGUUGUCAGCCAAACUGGGCAUCAAGACCCUGUUGCAGCCGGUCGAGGACUUUUACAUGAACAUCGUUAAGGAUACCAUUGAGUAUCGCAAUAAAAACAAGGUGUCCCGAAACGACUUCAUGGACAUGCUUAUUGAUAUGAAGCUGAAGUACGACAGUGGCAACAAGGAGGAUGGCAUUACCUUCAAUGAGCUGGCCGCCCAGGCCUUCAUAUUCUUCCUGGCUGGCUUUGAGACCAGCUCCACCACCAUGGGAUUCGCCUUGUUCGAGUUGGCCUGCAACCAGGACAUUCAGGAUAAACUGAGGACAGAAAUUGAUGGUGUCUUAAAGAAGCACAAUGGCAAGCUGGACUAUGACAGCAUGCGGGAGCUAACCUACCUGGAGAAGGUCAUCGAUGAAACCCUAAGGAAACAUCCUGUGGUGGCCCAUUUAGUUCGCAUUACCACAAAACCCUAUGUUCAUAGCAAUCCAAAGUAUUCAAUUGACCGUGACAUUGGCGUUCUUGUGCCCACGCUUGGCAUUCACCAUGAUCCGGAAUUCUAUCCUGAGCCGGAGAAGUUCAUCCCGGAGCGCUUUGAUGAAGACCAGGUGAAGCAGCGACCUGCCUGUACAUUCCUUCCCUUCGGAGACGGUCCCCGAAACUGCAUUGGCCUAAGAUUUGGAAGGAUGCAGGUCAUAGUUGGAAUGGCCCUGCUUAUCCAUAACUAUAAGUUUGAGCUGCAUCCCACCAAGACAUCGGUUCCGAUUAAGUACAAAGUCAAAAACAUUUUGUUGAGCGCCGAUGGCGGAAUCAACCUGAAUGUCAGUAAGAUAGCGAGGCAGUAGAGUGAUUCACCCUGCCUGAGUAACAUAUUUAAUCCAGUUUGAAAUAAAUACUAAUUGAAAUUGAACUUGAA